CGCGGCGAUGGAGGACCUGCUGGACUUGGGCGAGGAGUGGCUCCGCGGCUCGUCCUUCUCCAAGGCCAAGAUGGGUCGCCGAGCUCAACAGGAAUCGCCCCAAGUUGAGAAUCAUCUCAGCAGCAAGAAUUCUGCUCCGCUUGGAGAGACUCCCCCGCCCAAGCCCCCACGACGGCAAGGAGGCUGGGCAGAUGACUCCAUGAAGGUUUCUAAAUCUGGACGGAAAGCUUUUGAAGAAGUAGAAGAUCAGCGACUCAAAGAGCAGAGCCUGGACAGAUCCGAUGAUGGAGACAUCCCCGUCAUUCCGGAUCUGGAGGAGAUACAGGAGGAAGACUUUGUUUUGCAGGUGGCGGCCCCGCCCAGUGUCCAGGCAAACCGGGUCAUGACUUUCCGUGACCUGGACAACGACCUCACCAAGUAUGCUGCCUUCCAGACCCUGGACGACGAGAUCGAUCUGAAGCUCCUCACCAGGGUCCUGGCACCAGAGCACGAAGUCCGGGAGGACGACGUGAGCUGGGACUGGGAGCGGCUGUAUACAGAGGUGUCGUCCGAGCUCAUCUCCGAGUGGGACCAGCUGCAUGUGGAGAGGGAGGAGCCCGUGGGGCCCCCCACGCACGCCUGACGCCCAGCUGGGGGCCAGCAAAGCCGCCGAGAGAGAGUUUUCACGGGGACGGAGUGUUUUGUAAUAAAAGUCUAUU